GAUCGUGAUGUUGAUCGUGGGCGCCAUGAACCCAUGAGAGAGUGCACAUCCAAAAAAAUAACUUGUUGGGAUAUAAUGUCACUGCGGACCAGGACUGGUUUCUACCGGCAGGAGAUUAAUAAAACAAUAUGGGAUGUACCAGAGAGGUACCGAGAGCUCCUGCAAGUGGGUACGGGAGCGUAUGGAACCGUUUGUUCUGCCAUUGAUCGGAAGACUGGUGAACGGGUGGCCAUCAAGAAACUCCAUCGUCCAUUUCAGUCUCGACUUUUUGCCAAGCGAGCUUACAGAGAACUAAGACUGCUCAAACACAUGAAACAUGAGAAUGUUAUUGGACUGUUGAAUGUCUUUACUGCUGAAAUAUCUCUGGACAGACUGCAGGACUUUUAUUUGGUGAUGCCUUUCAUGGGCACAGACCUGGGAAAGCUGAUGAAGAUGGAAAGGUUGUGUGAAGACAGGGUGCAGUUUCUUGUGUAUCAAAUGCUGCGGGGGUUGAAGUAUAUUCAUUCUGCUGGGAUCAUUCACCGGGAUCUUAAACCUGGAAACUUAGCUGUGAAUCAGAACUGUGAGCUGAAGAUUUUAGAUUUUGGGCUGGCCAGACAAGCAGACUCAGAGAUGACUGGUUAUGUGGUGACCCGAUGGUACAGAGCGCCUGAGGUCAUCCUCAACUGGAUGCACUACUCACAGACAGUUGAUAUCUGGUCAGUUGGGUGUAUCAUGGCAGAGAUGAUUCUUGGAAGGCCACUCUUCAAAGGAAAUGAUCAUCUGGACCAGCUGAGAGAAAUUAUGAAGAUCACAGGGACGCCAGCACCAGACUUUAUCGUGAAGCUACAGAGUCAGGAUGCCAAAAACUACAUUAGGAGUCUUCCCAAAGUGCCAAAGAAAGACUUGCAUACUAUUUUCUUUAAAGCCAGUUCAGAUGUGGUAAAUGCUUUGGAGAAAAUGCUUUUGUUGGACCCUGACAAGCGUGUUAGUGCGUCAGAGGCUCUGGAGCUCCCUAUGUUCACUGACUUUCGGGAGCCUGAAGAAGAAACGGAAGCUUUGCCUUACGAUCACUCCAUGGACAACACAGAUCUUCUACUGGAGCAGUGGAAACGACACACCUUUACAGAGAUCCUUACCUUCCAACCUCCGCUGCAAGAGCUCAGAGAUUCCAAAGAUUCUACAAUCUGAAUGUACAAAUCUGCCAAGCUACAUCAGUGCUGCAAAACAUACACAAAUAUAUAUAUAUUGUAUAUGUGUUGUUUUUGUAUUUCAUUUAGACUUACCAACAUAUUUUAUGUACAGAAUGUUUUUUUUUUUAUUUCUUGUAAGUAUGUGGACAUCUGACCAUGACUUUGGUUUACAUCGCUCUAAAACCAUGAACAUUCACACCCCAUCAGCUCCUAUCCUGUGGCGUUGGAGUUUUUGGAGAUUUUGAAUUAUUUAUUUGAAAAUUUGUGACAAUUUUUUUUGUGCCAAAAGAGUAUUUGUGAGAUCAGACACUGAUAAACAAGAAUGUCUGGCCUGUGGUUGAAGUUUCAGUUCAUACCAAAUGUGUUAAAUAAGGUGAAGGUCAGGGCUCUGUGCAAGCCAAAACUUGUCAGACCAUAUACGGACAUAAUCUUGUUGGAACAGAAAAUAAAAAAUGCCCGUCUUAAACUCAUCAAAAUAAUUCAGUGCAUAUGGAAUUUGUCAUAUUACAUAUACAUGUGUAAAGUAUGAUGAAUUGCUUCCCCCCCCCCCCCCAUUUUAGCAAUGGGUGAAACUGAAACAUUUAAAUUGUGUCCAAAUAAGGUGGUGUAAAACAAUAAUGUAUAUUUUUCUUUGUCAAUGAGAAAAGACAUAAAAUCAGUAAAACAAAAUAAAUUGUA